CAAAAGUGAUGACACGAGCGACCCUCACUUGCUCUAUGGCGGGUGAGAUGGAGACAGCCGGCUGAAUUAACGACUUUUCUUCAAGAUUUAUAUGUCUCUUUGUCCACCUGGGUGGCUCAAAACACCAAUGGGGAACUCCUAUGCGGGCCAGCUGCGGACCACACGCUUUGAGGAGGUUCUUCACAACUCCAUUGAAGCAUCGCUGAGGUCCAACAUUGUAGUUCCACGACCCAUUUUCUCCCAAUUGUACCUGGAGGCAGAACAGCCACUUGCAGCACACAAUAAUAGCCGUGCAGAGAAUAAUGAUGAAGAUGAAGAAGAUGGGUCAGAAUCAAACAGUCCCCCAAUACUCUAUCAGAUGAAACCCCCGCCAGAGGGAUGCUGCACCACAGAUGGUUUCUGUCAAGCAGGCAGGGAUUUACGUCUGUCAUCAUUGGCAUCCGACCCCUUGGAUGUUCUCCCUGGGUUCAUGCUGGUUGGGCUUAAGUCCCCCUCUCUCCCCGAUAGCCUGCUAGUGUGCGCCGUCGACCAUCGCUUCUUGCCGGAUGAACGAGGUCACAACGCUCUGCUGGGCUUCUCUGGGAACUGCAUGGGCUGUGGUGAAAAGGGGUUCCGCUACUUCACAGAUUUCGCCAACCACAUUAACCUGAAACUCAGCACCCAGCCUAAGAAACAGAAGCACUUAAAGUACCAUCUGCACCGAAACAACCAAGGUGUGCUAGUUAAAGGAGCUGCCAUCUGUUGGAGGGGACACGAUGGCAGGAUAAGACAAAUAGGUCCCAGACUCUUAGAGGGUCAUGUGACAUCAGAUGAACAGUCAUCGAACUUGCUGUUGUUGCAGCCAUCACAUACACCCGCCAACUACACAGCGUCUCAUACAAAUGGUUUGCCUCAAAUCGCCGAUACCCCACACCCUCUAACAAAUGGCCAAAAUGCCAUUCCUCCCAUCCCGCAGCCAGCAAUGAAUCACUCAGGACCGGGGAGAUCAACCACAACAGGGACACAGACAAAUGUUGGACCCCCUAAAAAGAGGCACAAGGGUUGGUCCCCUGAAUUGGCUUCCAACGUUGUUUCAGAGAACACAGUAAAGAUGUCGCCAUCUUCAUCAACCUUAUCGUCUUCGACAGCGCAUUCUUCCACCACAAACGGAGCCAGAUUAGAUGCCGCCACACCCAUGAGUUCCUCCCAGAGGUCCUCAACCACACUUUCUCCCUCUGGAUUGUCUGUAGCUGUGCCUGAUCAGCUGUUACGCACAUGUGGACUACAACCUGUCAUCUUCAAAGGUCACGGUCCUCUCCCUAGGCUGACUGGUAAUGUCAGCGAAGUGCUCGUCAGUUCUCUUCUCCAGAGUUGUUAUUUGAGCUCUCAGACCCUUCCCAGAGUCUACCAGCACUACGGACCAUCACCCAUUCAGCCACUCUCAACUGAGAUGCAGAUUCUACUCACUGUCUACUAUCUUGUUCAGCUUGGCCCAGACCAAGUGCCCCUGAUUGAGGACUUGGAGCAGAUAUUCAUGAGGUCAUGGAGAGAAUCACACCUCAGUGAAAUCAGACAGAACCAACAACCUCAAACACCAGGCUCUCAAGGGAGGCACUAUGGCAUUGAGACACCUCCCACUCUUCCUGGGCUCCCUCAGCAUCUCAGUUUACCCUACCAGCAGCCACUGACCCCAAGCCAGCUUCCUUGGCUUGCCCAGCUGGCUGCGUCGUCGUGUGGAGUAGGGGUUGUGGUGUUUGGGGAGCAUGUGGGAUCUUUGGCUCAAGGCCUUCAGCUGAUGUUUUGCAAGUUAUUGGAAGGAGGGUUCCAAAACACAAACUAUGUAGUCGUCAUUGUCACUGCUUCCGGGCAAGAAACACAGUCUUGUGUGGUAGUCACAGGUAAACACCAAUGUCGGGCCUUGGCAGAGAGUAUGUUCUCUCCCAGUGAGGGUUUGAGAGAAAUAAACCACCAGCUUUCAUCUGGCGAAACCCAGGAACUCAUCCAGUUCUGCAAUUCACUUGGACAAGACGGUGAUAUGGAUUCCCUGCUGGACAGUGCAACACUGGACAGCAAUGAGCCAUCUCCCUUAUCCAGCAGUCAGGAAUCAACUGAUGACAAAAGUGUGAAAAAGACACGCAGUCCAAAGGACUCACACAGCCCUAAACAAAGAGUUCUGGCUACUAAAGAAACCUGUACAGAGUACUCUGUAGAGUGGCGGGAGGUCCGGCCCAUCCAGUUAGCAGUGGCAAGAAAGCUGCUGUCUCAUGUUUGUGCCAUAGCAGAUUCCAGCACACAGAACCUGGACCUUGUGUCUUUUGACAGGGUCAAUUUCCUCAUCCUGGUUCCUCCAUCUGAGGUCACAUUUCAACAAACUGUCCUCCACCUAUGGAGCUCGGGUGUUCUUCAGGAACUCGGGAGUCUAGACCAAGAGUGCGCAUCUCAGCGGGAUGCGGAGCGCUUUGUGGUUAAAAUGGAUCAAAGUGCUCAAGUGCAAAUUGACAGCCUUAUCCAAGAAGCACACAGCAACUCUUAUACGCUUUACAUCCUAAUCCAUGACCACGCCCACUGGGACAUUAGCAGUGCCUCCUACUGUAACUCGGAGUCUGGUUUGGGCCUGGUGGACCAGCUACUAAAUUCCAGACGGAUCAGAGAUGCUCCCAACAUCCUGAUUCUCCAUGUGACAUCCUUCCCCUUCGCUCUGCAGACACAAUUCACACGCAUCAGCCCUUACAACGAAAUCCACUGGCCUUCGUCUUUCAGCAAUGAUGUUGACCUGUAUCAUGAAAGAACACGCUACUUUGGUGUGUCCGAGCUUUUAGACUCAACUCGCUCAGGAGGAAGCCUGCCCCUGAUGCGGUACGAUUCUUCGUUUGAGAGCAUGGCAGCUUCCCUGGAGGAAAGGUUCCCAAAGCUGCACAGUGCUGUGAUCCGCACCACCGUUCUCAUUCAUCACUACUGCAUAGCGCUGAUGGCUGUGUCUGGGAGGCUCAGCGGCUCGCACAAUCUCCAUAAACACUCAUCUGUGGAGACGCUGGGCAUCGUGCAAUCGCUGCUAAGUGCUGCCCAGCAAUGCCCUACCCGCCAUGGUCACAUGGUCUUACUGCGGAUCCCCUCUCUGGCUCUGGCAGCAUGGGCACAUCGGCGACUAUCCAGAGUGAGGAGGCAACUGGGUCUUGAGGAGAAAUUUGAGAUCAUACUGGGGAAUCCAGGCCAGCCUCUGAAUAUUGGGCAGAGCUUUGUUGAUCAGAUUAAGAUAUGGCUGAAAGUCCAAGAAGCUGAUUGGGUUCCUCGAACCUACCUGGAGCUUGAGGCCCUUCCUUGCAUCCUAAUCCUGUCAGGAGCUGAACCUCUGGGAGAGUCACUUCCCAGGUCAUUGAAGUACUGUGACCUUCGAGUGAUAAGCUGCUCCUAUCUGCAACGUACCACCCUCGAACAAGAGUUGGGACUAGCAGCCUAUCUGCUGAAGGCGGAGUCUCGGUCCCCGCACAACCCGGGGCCAGGAAGUGACUUGCUGGAGAGUGAUGCAGAAAAACUCAGCAGCACUGACAAUGAGGAAGAGGAGGCCCAGGAUAACGGUAAAAACUCCCCUCCUUCCUCCAACCUACCAGUCCAAUCCAGCCCAGAUAUUGGAGCAAAAGCUACACCCUCUACUCAGAACAACAUAUCACCAAAAGCCCCAAAGAGCACAAAGGCCAGCACCCCGUCUCCUUCACGAGCGCAGACUCAGCUUCCUGCUCAGUCCACUUCUCAAGCAUUUUUAUAUCCUCAACCCUCUUUUCACCACCUAAGCCAGUCUCAAUCCCAGACUUACGCCCAGGCCCAACAAGUUCCAAGUCAGAACCAUCCAGUAUCCCAAAUUAACUUUCAAUCUUACUUUCACCAAGUAUCCCACCCACAACUCCAACCACCACUGCUCCCUGCCCAGUCUCGUCGCCACCCUUCCAAAUCCACCUCCUCUGGCUCUUUGUCGCCCCGAGCCUCCUCUCCCCAUCUGAACUGCUCCUGGGCACGAGGAGUAAGUCGCCCACCAUCUGUGCUCCUUCCCCGCUCGCUUUAUGAUAUCAUCACAGCCAAUGACGGCAGCGGGCUUCCGCGAUGUACCUCCUUCCUGCCACAUAUGUCUGUAGCAUGGGUCAGCAGCUUCAGGCCUUUGCUGAGUAAAAUGAUGACGUGCACAGAACAGUCUCUGUACUACCGCCAGUGGACAGUCCCCCGCCCUUACCACAUGGACAGCAGUAAUCGCACCGAAGGUCGAAGCGACAACUUCCACCCUCGCAGGCUGCUCCUCAGUGGACCCCCACAGGUGGGUAAGACAGGCGCUUACCUUCACUUCCUGGGUAUUCUGUCCCGGAUGCUGAUCAGGCUUAUGGAGGUGGAUAUCUACAAUGAAGAAGAAAUCAACCUCACUGUGCUUUUAGAUGCCCGGGAAGAUGGGGUCCAAUACAGCCCAUCCAAUGUCCUCUGGCCCAACCCAGAAAUUAUGAAGACAUUGUCCUUCGACUACACAGUCCAUGACCCCAAAUAUGAUGACAUCAGUUUCGUCUACUGCCCUGGAUACAAACCAGUUUCUGAUGGCAACACAGUGCAUCAGGAAGAUGUGUGCUUGAGGAGGCGCACAACCAGGAUCAAACUAUCCAAAUAUGCUGCCUUUAACACUUAUCACCAUUGUGAACAUUGCCAUCUGUACUUAGGCUUCAACCCAAGAUACCAGAUCUACGAAUCCUCGCUCCAUGUCUUUACAUUUACCCAUCUGCGACUUGGAGAAGAGAUCCAGCUCUACUUUAUCAUCCCAAAGUCCAAAGAGCACUAUUUUAGCUUCAACCAACCAGGAGGCCAAGUGGAGGGCUUGCGGCUGCCUCUGUCCACAGACAGGAGCCCAGACAGCAUCAAGAGUCCAAUCUUCACUCCCACCACUGGUCGCCAUGAGCAUGGUCUUUUUAACCUGUACCAUGCGAUGGAUGGAGUCUCUCAUCUUCAUAUCUUGGUGGUCAAAGAGUAUGAAAUGGCAGUCUACAAGAAGUACUGGCCAAACCACAUCCUGCUGGUGAUGCCUGCCAUCUUCAAUGCAGCUGGGAUAGGUGCCGCUCACUUCCUAAUUAAGGAGCUCUCCUACCACAAUCUGGAGCUGGAGCGCAGUCGCCGGCUAGAGGGAGGAGCCCCAGCUGUAGAUGUCUGGCCCUUUGUUAUCCUGGCAGAUGACUCGUGCGUGAUGUGGAAUGCAGUGGACCUCAAUGUACACACAGGUCCAGUGGAGCAUGCUGUGUCACUCAAACAGGUGUUGCAACACAUGGAAGCCUGUCCAGACCUGUCCCACUAUGGUCUGUGUGGAAUGAGGAAGUGGAGCAGCCGUGUGCUUACAGCUCCUAACCAGAGGGAACCUUUCUCCAGAGGUCACCUGCAUGACUUCCUCCUUCUCAACGUCGACCAGAGUCAAAACGUCCAGUACGACCAGAACCGCUUUACCUGUCAUGACGUUGACUUUACCCUGCGGUUGCACAGUGCCGGGCUGCUCGUCUGUCGCUUUAACAACUUCAGCGUCAUGAAGAAGCAGAUCGCGAUAGGAGGAUACAGAACUUUCAUCAUCAAGACGAAGAUGACUGACGUUCCCACUUCAGUGGGGCCCUCCCAGUACAUCUGCGCACCCGACAGCAAGCAUCUUUUCUUGGCCACGCCGGCACAACUCCUCCUGGAAAAAUACCUCCAACACACCAGCCACAAACUCUUUCCUCUCAGCACCAAGAACUACGAGCACCCCGUUCUGUCUGUGGACUGCUAUAUCAACCUGGGCCCUGAGGUGACAGUGUGUUUUGUAAGUUCAAGACCUCACUCCGUCAACAUCUGCACCACGGGUCUGCUCUUCAGCGGCCUACUCCUCUGUUUUGCUGACACCUUUGUGACCCCCAGCUUUCUCAAGAACUUUACAUUCCUUAAAGGUGCGACUCUGUGUGUGAUCAGUGAAGAUCGCAGCUCCUUACGGCAGACAGUCGGCAGGCUGGAACUGGAAGAGGAAUGGAGGUUCAGGCUCAGCGAUGAAUUCCAGACCGCAAACGCCAAGGAGGACCGACCUCUGUUCUUCCUGACAGGAAAGCAUAUAUGACUUGGAACAACCAUGAACACAUGAAUCACCUGAAAACAUAUUGUUUACAUGAACUAAAUGUAUGCUCUAAAUGGAAACUAUUUGUAUUCCUUUUGUGUGUGUGUUUGGAAGGUGCCUAGCUGUUUUUACAAGAGUUUUGUGUGAAAAGUAAUGCACUCUUGUGACAGAAAACUUGUGUAUUUUUGCUUUACUUGAAAAAAGCUCUGUUAUUCUAAAAAAUAUAAACAAUAUUUUCAACAUUUUCAUUGCAGCUUAUCAGCGGCAUGUGAUUGGAAAACAGAAAACAAUCCAACUGUGUAUGAUUUCUUGCUUGUGAGAACACAAUGUAGGUGCAUGUCGUGUUGCAAUACUCUGCAGUAUUACUUUCUGCAGACCUUUUCCAUCAAGUGACACAAUCAUGAGGGUAUGAGGGUAGCCGAUUUUUGGCAUUAUGUUUUUUAUAUCUUUUUUUUUUGUAGAGAUUUGCAUGUUAAUUAUUUUAAGAAUAUUUUAUACAGUACUUAUCUACUGCUUGAGCUUGUUUUUCUUUAUUGAAAUGUAGAUUUGUUCCCUUCCAUCUGAAUAAUGUUUUGUACUGUAAAUUGGCAGCAUGUCACGUAUGUUUCUUAUUGUAUAAAUGUACAGAAAUGUUUUAAUUUC